AGGAUAAAUAAUUCACGUUCAUUCAUCAAAGGUAUUUGCAUAAAAGAUAAGCUUUUGUUUUCCAUUGUUGUUCUCGCUUCCCGAUCAGGGUAAAAUUGCCGAAAAUUCUUUCUCACGUCAUUUCCUAUUAUCGACUACAAAGUGCUAUCUUCUAUCACGUAUCCAACGUGUUCGACGUCACACUUAAACUGGCUUACAGAGUUUGCAUAGCGUAAGUCGAGCUUUGCAAGAGAAUUUUCAUGUAUACAGAGGCAGAUUACUGAGAACAUGGCUUCCAAUUCAAUCUUCAAGAAUUUCCGUGAAAGCUUGAACUCGUGGUUAAUCAAUGUAGCUGGCGUUUCCCUCACCGAUAUCAGCAACAAAGAUCCUUUCAGCAAUAAAUUCAACAUAUUUUUGUUCGCCUCCCUCAUGGCAAUGCUUACUGCCUUUUUGACUCUUUUCGUUAUUGCUUGUACUUACGAAUGUUGCUUCGCUGCACAAGACAAGAAACGUUUUAAAAAACAAAAGAAAAGAGCGGCGUCCAUAACAUACAGAGAUUUCGGUAACGUGUACGAGAUGCAUGAAAACAUAUAGGAGAGAGCUCGACCGACGCCACGACAAACACUUGAACUUACCCAAUAUACACAUGAUAUGUAAAAAUGUUAGUGCAUUGCUGCGAUUUUCGUUCAAUUAUAGAUGUGUUCUGUUUAUUCUCUUUUUCUCUAUUUUACGUUACAGAUUUGUAUGUAUGUCCUAACUGCUGUCAGUCCUCUACAAAAAUAGUAUUUCGACACACAAAAUUUAUGGUAUUGCAUUAAUUUUUACCUACGAGAUUUAACCCAUAAGGAACCACUGUGUUGGAGCAAUUGCCGAAUAAUGUCUUGCCCAAGGAUACAUGAGCCUACAAUGGUAGCAGGGUCGGGCCGCAAAGACAUCACCCUAUUGGCACAGGCAGGCGCGCCAACAAUUGUGCACAAUUAAUUGUACGUCAUCGUUACUAAGCGUGGGUAUUAGUGCGUAUUGAUAUUAACUUGUGAGUAACUGUCCAAUUAUGGAAUACCUAUAUUCCAUUAGGUCCACACAUUUCACACAUAUGUAAUAUGUUUCCACGUUAAAAUA